AUGGCUUACAUAUUACUUUAUGUUGAUGGCAUCAUCCUCGCCGGUUCCUCUCAUGACCUAUGCAAACAUAUCAUGACGCUUCUUAGCUCCGAGUUUUCUAUGAAGGAUCUGGGACCACUGAGCUAUCUUCUGGGUAUUGCAAUGACCAUACAUGUAAAUGGACUUUUUCUUAGUAAAAGUACAUAUGCCAGUGACAUUAUUGCUCGAGUCGACAUGGCCUCAUGCAAACCUUAUGUUACUCCAAUUGACACCAAGCAUAAUCUCAGUACCUAUGUUGUCACUCCAUAUGACGAUCAUACAUUAUAUCAGAGUCUUGUCGGUGCUUUGCAGUAUCUCACAUUUACUUGUCCUGGAAUAUCCUGUAUUGUCCAGCAGGAAAAGGUUGCUCGUGGUCAACCCCGCAUUCUUUACGCUCCUUCCUGGCACCAGAUUGCUGGUAUCUUCACCAAAGGCCUCCAUAGAGUUUUCUUUGAUGACUUAUGGAAUAGUUUAAGUGUCUAUCAACCUCCCAUUUUGAUUGCGGGGGUGUAA